GCUUCGUGACGCCCCGACUCCGCGGGACUGAGCAGGAGGGACGCCCUUUGCGGGGCUGCCCAAGUCCGCGGCUGCCAUGCAGCAGCCCCUGAACUACCCGUACCCCCAGAUCUACUGGGUGGACAGCAGGGCCCCUUCCCCCUGGGCCCCUCCAGGGACAGUCCUCCCCUGUCCCUCCUCGGUGCCUGGGAGGCCUGGUCAGAGGAGGCCACCACCGCCACCGCCACCACCCACACCACCCCUGCCACUGCCCCCGCUGAAGAACAGGAGGGACCGCACCGGCCUGUGUCUCCUUGUGCUGUUUUUCAUGGUUCUGGUGGCCCUGGUGGCCCUGGGGCUGGGGAUGUUCCAGCUACUCCACCUGCAGAAGGAGCUGGCCGAGCUCAGAGAGUCCUCCAGCCAGAGGCUUAGAGGAUCAUCGUUGGAGAAGCAAGUAGGUCGCCCGGGUCCGCCCUCUGGGCAGAGGGAGCAGAGGAAAGCGGCACAUCUGACAGGCAAGCCCAGCUCCAGAUCCAUCCCUCUGGAAUGGGAAGACACCUACGGAAUUGCCCUGGUCUCCGGGGUGAAGUAUAAGAAGGGCAGCCUUGUGGUCAAUGACACCGGGCUGUACUUCGUGUAUUCCAAAGUGUACUUCCGGGGUCAGUCCUGCAAGAACCAGCCGCUGAACCACAAGGUGUACAUGCGGAGCUCCGAGUACCUCCGGGACCUGGUCCUGAUGGAGGACAAGAUGAUGGACUACUGCACGGCUGGCCAGAUGUGGGCCCGCAGCAGCUACCUGGGCGCCGUGUUCAACCUCACGGCUGCUGACCGCUUGCAUGUUAACGUGUCUGAGCUCUCGCUGGUCAAUUUUGAGGAAUCGAAGACAUUUUUUGGCUUAUAUAAGCUCUGAGAAAAGCACUUUGGGAAUCUCUCCAUUAUGGUUCCUUGUUAUGGGCACUGAGAAUGUUAUCUUGAAGGAGGUCUUCCUAAGCCCACUUGAGGUCGAGUGAGAAGACGGAAACCCAGAGGAUCCUGAGACCACAAGGUCCAGCAGAUCUCCGGUUGCUCGUCUCACCCAAGGUCCCUGAGCCAGAUGGGAGGAGGGAGAUCACGGAUGAACAGAACACUCUGGGCUGCCCGGCAGGAUGCAGGGCUGGGAACAGCAGCUCCAGGGGCGUCUACACUCAGCGUCAGAGGCCAAGAGUGUUUGGGCACAUUGCAAAGGACACCUUUUAACUCACCUCUUGGGGGUGGGUCUGCUGUCUACCUCAGGGGAGGGCUGUCCUUUGGGUACAUGGUGUGACAUGAGUGUGCAAGGGAUGGAAAAAGAGGA